UGAGCCCACGGCACCAGGAGCCUUAUGCAUUUUGUAGGAGUAUUUUGAGGAUGAAUGUUUGCAAAUCAUUUUGAAAUUGCCAAGCGCCACAUACAUGGGAUGCAUUUUGCUUUUAUGCUGGAGCUCACCCCUGUGGCUUGGAUUUAUCACAGUAGCAUCUGUCUUCGGUCUGUUUGCUAACUAGAAAUCAAGAAAAGACAUGAGGAGGUUUGUUUACUGCAAGGUGGUCCUUGCCACUUCGCUGAUGUGGGUUCUGGUUGAUGUCUUCUUACUCCUGUACUUCAGUGAAUGUAACAAAUGUGAUGACAAGAAGGAGAGAUCCCUUCUACCUGCUCUCAGGGCUGUUAUUUCAAGAAACCAAGAAGGGCCAGGAGAAAUGGGAAAGGCUGUGCUGAUUCCUAAAGAUGACCAGGAGAAAAUGAAAGAACUGUUUAAAAUCAAUCAGUUUAACCUCAUGGCCAGUGAUUUGAUUGCCCUUAACAGAAGUCUGCCGGAUGUGAGAUUAGAAGGAUGCAAGACGAAGGUCUACCCUGAUGAACUUCCAAACACAAGUGUAGUUAUUGUGUUUCAUAAUGAAGCUUGGAGCACCCUCCUUCGAACUGUUUACAGCGUUAUAAAUCGUUCUCCACACUAUUUACUUUCUGAGGUCAUCUUGGUAGAUGAUGCCAGUGAAAGAGAUUUUCUCAAGCUGACAUUAGAGAAUUAUGUGAAAAAUUUAGAAGUACCAGUAAAAAUUAUCAGAAUGGAAGAGCGCUCCGGGUUAAUACGUGCCCGCCUUCGAGGAGCAGCUGCUUCAAAAGGGCAGGUCAUCACUUUCCUCGAUGCACACUGUGAAUGUACCGUGGGCUGGCUGGAGCCCUUGCUGGCGAGAAUAAAGGAAGACAGGAAAACAGUUGUAUGCCCCAUCAUUGAUGUGAUUAGUGAUGAUACCUUUGAAUAUAUGGCUGGGUCAGACAUGACUUAUGGGGGUUUUAACUGGAAACUGAAUUUUCGUUGGUAUCCUGUUCCCCAAAGAGAGAUGGAUAGGAGGAAAGGAGACAGAACAUUACCUGUCAGGACCCCUACUAUGGCUGGUGGCCUAUUUUCUAUUGACAGAAACUACUUUGAAGAGAUAGGAACUUACGAUGCAGGAAUGGAUAUCUGGGGUGGAGAGAAUCUUGAAAUGUCUUUUAGGAUUUGGCAAUGCGGAGGCUCAUUGGAGAUUGUGACUUGCUCUCAUGUGGGUCAUGUUUUUCGGAAGGCAACUCCAUACACCUUUCCUGGUGGCACCGGUCAUGUCAUCAACAAGAAUAACAGGAGACUGGCAGAAGUGUGGAUGGAUGAAUUUAAAGAUUUCUUCUACAUCAUAUCCCCAGGUGUUGUCAAAGUGGAUUAUGGAGAUGUGUCAGUCAGAAAAACACUGAGAGAAAAUCUGAAGUGUAAGCCCUUUUCUUGGUACCUUGAAAACAUCUAUCCGGACUCCCAGAUUCCAAGACGUUAUUACUCACUUGGUGAGAUAAGAAAUGUUGAGACUAAUCAAUGUUUAGACAACAUGGGCCGCAAGGAAAAUGAAAAAGUGGGCAUAUUCAACUGUCAUGGUAUGGGAGGAAAUCAGGUAUUUUCUUAUACCGCUGACAAAGAAAUCCGAACCGAUGACUUGUGCUUGGAUGUUUCUAGACUCAAUGGACCUGUAAUCAUGUUAAAAUGCCACCACAUGAGAGGAAAUCAGUUAUGGGAAUAUGAUGCUGAGAAAGCAGGUAAAUGGGAAUAUAAUUUCAAGACCCACACUCUUCUUCACAUAAUCACCCAGUCCUGUCUCUCAGUAAGAAAAGUAACUGAUGGCUCCCAACAGCCCACUGUGGAAAUAUGUAAUGAUAGCCCUUUGCAAAAAUGGCUACUAAGAAACUAUACAAGAGCGGAAGUUUUUAGAAAUAUUUUUGAGAAUCCUACUGAUUACGUUCUCUAAUAAUUUUUGGAGAGACUCACCUUGAGACAUGUGAACAGUAACCAGUGUCUCGAUGAACCUUCGGAAGAAGACAAAAUGGUGCCUACCAUGCAGG